AUGCAAGGAAUCUGGUCCAUUCUCGGUAUAGGCACCGCUGAAAGGCCUGUGGAUAAGGUCGUGCCGGAUGAAUGGCACCAAAACUAUCACUUCAGGGAUGAUGACGAGAACGAAGCUGAGUUAAAGCGUCUGCUUUGGGUUUACCUUGCAAGGAAGGAGCAGGACCCGACGCGUUCUGCAGCCAAAAGUUUGAUUGACUUAUUCGUGGAAACCUAUGACGAUUGGGACCCUCCAAGCUCUUCGUCUCCAACAGAACCAGAUGAAGGUUCCGAAGACAAGGAAGGCGUUUCAUUUCGCGAGGCUCAUCCCUUGGAGAUGAUUCGAUGCGUUGUCAGAGAACUGGUGUGGCUUUCUGAUCUCGCCCAAACUGCAUCAACCAAGCGGAAGGAUGAGAUUUCCAAGGAAAGUCCUCUCGUUGUUGGAAGUGGGCCUGAGAGCGAAGAUGAACGACCAGACGAAGACAUUGAUUUGUUUGUGCCAAAGCGGGACCGCGAGCAUGCCAUCAAUGUGCUUCAGGCUGCAGCUAUUAUCACUGAAAGUGCUGAGAACCGCAAGCGCUUUGUUUUUUUCCGUGGAAUCGUCACUUCCUUGGAUGUGCUGAAAGGCAUCACCAUGGAUAUUGAUGCCCACAACGCGUCAACGAGAAUUCGAGCUAGCAAAACACCUUCCUAUUCCGAGCCAGUGCUUGAACAUGGACCCCGUGAAGCUGGUACUCUGGGCACAGAGGAUGCGGAUGAUGGUGAUUGGAAGAGUGACGGAGGCCACAGCAGCCAGGCAGCUCCAACACCCAAGUCGCAAGCGCUGCAGUUCCUUCUCUCCGCCUCGCAGCUCAUUCUGCAGGUUGUUAUCAAUUUUUUGAAGCCUGCCAUUCAGCGAAAAGGACAUCUGGUUCCCAAGGUUGUUAUUAGCACGGGAGGAAGCAAGAGGUCUGAGAUGCUCAAGAAAACCAAGCAAGGAGAAACGAGUUCUGGCGGUGGGCCUGAUGGUCCAAAAGAAGGGUUCUCAAAGAGGGAAGUCCCUGGCCAGAAGCCAGAGACGGCACUGGGGACGGAAGUUUUUGAGGCGUUUUCUGUGACUCACGAGAUGCUUGCGCCAAAAGGAAAGGUGGUGAGCGAGGAAAAACGGAUGGCAGAGUUCAGCAAGUUACUAACCAGUGUUCAAGACAAAUGCCACUCUGUUCUCCUUGCCUUCAUCCCUUCAGUCCGCUACAUUCAGCAGACAGAGACGUCCCUGUCAGACCAAGCACAGGACGCACUGCUGCAGGGAGUGGAGGCGGUAUGGGCGGUGGUCACUGCGCUCCCUCAGUCUUGCUCUGCCUUCAUCGCCCACGAGGGGUUGCAGGUCACUCUUGGGCUGCUUGCCUGGCCUUCAUGGCUCCUGCCCUCGACCCCGUGCAUGGACCGCACCAUGCUUGCGAGCAAGUUGCUAAAGGAGUACAGCCUGCAGUUCUUGGCUCUUUCCACUAUCAAAGAAUCUGUAUUCGGUAGUGUUCCAGCAGCCCGAUCCUUGCACUCUCUCAAUGCCGUGCCACACAUCGCUCAAUUCAUCCGAUGGACUUCGUUGGUCUUCGCGAAACCUGGUUCCCUUGAGUCCACCUCUCCCAGCAAUGUCGCCUCCAAACCAAGCAGUGCUGUCGAUGCCGCAUUCUCCUCUCACCCCGCUGAACGCGGUGACCCAUUCACGGACAUGACAACCUCUGAACAGACUGGCAUGGGGAUGGGUAUGGAUGCUCUCUCUGCAGCCAUGAACGAGCACCUGAAUAUUGGCGGACAGCUGGCAGCGUGGAACUUCAGGGCGGCUGCAGCUUGCAACUUGAUCAUGUCGUUUUUGUGGGACGGGAACGAGUGGGUGCUUGCUCCUGUUCUUUCGGAUUCUCAAAGAAUUGGAUCUCGCCGUCGGGGGACAGCAACGGCAGGAGGCGCGCUAGGAGAGGUUGGAAAGCUGGAUGCAAAGAGGGCAUAUGGAGAGGAGAUCAUGGCAGAUGUCAUUUCUGUGUAUUUGCACGCCUUCCACCCGGUGAAAGUGGGAGACGCUGACUGGCUGGACGAUGCAGCAACAGUGAUGUUCCAGAAUUCCUCGACUGAGCUUCAGCGCUAUGUCGUGCGUGUCCUGCGCUUCCUCCUGGGGUCACAUGCCAACGCGCUUAGCCACUUCCACAGCGCCAAUGUCGCGCCUGCUCUCUUCUCCCGCCCUUUCUUCUUCUUCGACUCCGUUCUGCUCUCCGAUGAAAGCACAGCUCGCACAACAAGUGGGGCUGCUGUUGCAGGAGAUAGAAAAGCAAGUGGCGUGGAUAUGGGGGGAGCAGCAGGUGAAGGCGCUGGAACGCCUCCUCUCUCAAUCCCCGUUCCAUCUCCGGGUCCCAUUCUCCGCAAUUCCUCUGGUCUCAGAAAUGAGUUCGGCUCUCCCAGCAUUACAACCCCACAUAACCCAGCUGCAUGGCUGAACCCUCCCAAGUUGUCCACUACUUCACCCCAACUCUCUGCAUGGACCCCUUCCUCCAUUGCUGCUGCGCGAGGCAGCCCUGCUCCUCCCAUCCCAGAACUCCAAGGCUUAGGCAGUCAGGAGGAAAGUACAGGUUGGCGAGAUUGGCAGAACGCGCAGUCAUCAAGGGCACAAGCUGGUGGGGUGACACUGGUGAAGAGCAUGGGGUCGGGGGAAAGCCACGUGGUCACGCUGCAACCUUCAGGCGCUGGCAAAAGAGAAUCCAAAGAUUUGGAUGCCGACAAGGAGUACGUUGCUCUUUCAAUCGAUCGCAAUGCUGAGGAUCUCAGGAGCAGCAUUGUCGCACUCAUUGAGCUCUCUGCCUCCCUGGACUGGCAAGAGGACCUCCAGCAAGAAUUCCAUGCUGUCCUUCAUGCUCUGCUCAGCUGCUGCCGAAUACCGUCAGAAUCCCAGCUGCUGGUUCAUGCGCUGCAGCGCAUGCUUCAGGGUGGAGACCGAAUCGUGCCUUGCCUUCUCUCCACGGCGUGCGGUGACCACAUUGGGGAGGUCAUUGAACGGCAGCAGGCUGCUUACCUCCGCAUGGAUGCUCAGGGCUACUUUUUAGGGCCCAAAAAUGCAGCUUCACUUGUGGCUGACGGUGUUGCUGGUGCUGCUGACACUGCUGCUGGUGUAACUGCAGCAAGUGAAACUGGAUCAGUGGUGUCUCAGUCAGGUCGUCUGGUUCUUGAGGUGGAAUCGCUGAGAGAGGAGUGGCAGGAGGCGAGGGAGGUGGUGCUGAAGCUGCUGGAGUCGUAUCUGGAGUGCUCGCCCUCUCUUCUGGCUCAGGCUGCCACCAGCCCACAGACGUUCAUGCCCUUGCUGUGGCUGCUGCGGGAGAAAACCCUGCGACCCUUGGCUCUUCAACUCCUUGCCUUGCUCAUGAAUGCCCCGGUUUCCGACCCAUCGGUAAAGUCAACUCUGUUCAAGCGCUUCUUUGAGGCCAUGACUGUGGCACGCAGUGGCAAGAAGUUAGGGGGCGCAGGCGGAGGAGGAGACGGGCGUGGUGUGGGAAGAGGUGGAGGUGUGGCUGGUGGCACAGGGCUCAGUGGGGAAGACGCAGCAGAACAGCUACAGGCAAUGCUGGCAGUGGUGCAGGAGGUGGUGAAGGAGGACGAGAGCUCAGUGAACCAGAACAUCUGUGUGAACGUGGAUGCCUUUCCUCGCCUCAUUGGCCUUUUACGGGUGCAGUACGAGGAGGAAGCUGGCCGAUCUCUUGCCAUUAUGAUCCUGCGUACUCUCACCCUCCUUUCCGUGGGCAAUGAAGCUGCCAAGGCUGUGCUCCUCAAACAUGCUGGCCCAGGCUUCCGUUCCCUUGCGCUCUACCUGCCCCCUCAUUUCAGUGGAGCCUGCCCACCAGUGCUGCUGAGUGCGGUCAUGGACAUGGCCAUGGACUGCCUGGCCGGAGACCAAGCCCUGGGCAGCAUCCACUCCCCCAAUGCCGUCAUUCUCUGGCUCCGUUUGCUGCACGAGGCUGAUCCUCACCAGAUAGUGUCUGGUCUCGAGUCAUUGCACAACCUGCUUGACCGCUCCGCUGGCAACUGUGCUGCCUGCUCCCGUGCUGGCCUCAUGUUUGACCUCCUGGAGUGGCUGGGAGAGCUAGAAGAGGAGCAUCUGGACGUUGUUGCAGAUGGCAGCGAUGGCUCUGAAUCCAAGGAAGGCGUCCAGGACUUGGGAAAGGAUGGGAAGAGUUACAAGAAACUCUUGGAUGAGACUGGGGAGCAUGGGGCGGAAAAGGCAAUAUCGGUUAACAGUGGAGGUGACGUGGAGGUGAAGCUGACUCGAAAGAACGUGGAGGCAAUACUGGCUCUGUUGUCGAAGCUGAUAGCAAAGCUGGGGCAGCACAGCAUAAACGGGAAGGAGAUCGCUGCGAUAUUCAGGCUUAUGAGGAGCACCGUCGAUGGGUGCCGUCCCAAAAGGGUGUCGUUGCUGCUUCGCACACUCGUGGGUGUGCUGAGGCAUGAUGGCCCUGCUUCUUACUUCGAGAUGGAUGGGUUUGAAUCGGGCCUUGAGAUCCCCACUGAUUUCCGCUUUCCCUGCACUAAGGGCUACUCCUUUUGCUGCUGGCUACGCUGUGAAUAUCUUCCAAGCUACAAUGCAGCCAACAUCGCCAGCAGCGGCGCUGACAACGACAACUACACGUCACAGAGCAGUAGCCUCAGAAGGAAGGGGCCGGAAAUCAGCUCAGAACCCAAGGAGUCAAGCAUGAGAUCGAUCACACGCAGGGGACACUGGAUGGGCGAGUCCUUGAGUGUUAGUGUCCGAGAUGACAGCCCCAUGACGAUCUUCAGCUUCUACACGGAUCAAGGCAACGGCUGCAGUGGCUUUCUCACCAGCGAUUCCCUCCUUAUCCAUGUGGCAGGAUCACGGGACGUGAUAGUGGAGGUGCCUCAUAGCAUGGCCCUCCGCCACUGGCAUCACAUCGCCAUCUCCCACUCCACCGCCUCGUUCUCCUCCUCUAGUAUGCUCCGAGUCUACAUAGAUGGCGCCCUGGUAGGCAAGGCAAAGUGCAGCUAUCCGCGCCUGCAGGACCCUCUGAUUCGCGCCACCAUAGGGGCCUCUGCUCCUCUGCCCCAGUCCGAUGCUCGCUCCUCUCGGCUGUUCCAGACCUCGCAUCCUUUUCAGGGUCAGAUUGGCCCCGUCUACCUUUUUAGUGAACCUCUCUCUUCUCCUCAGCUCUCCUGCAUCCACAAGCUAGGCCCUGGCUACAAUCACACCUUCCAACCCACGGAUAUAGCCCUCCUGCGCACACAAGUAGACAAUGAAAUUCUCUCUCUCUUUGACGGGCCCGACUCGCUCAGCUCCCGUAUUGCUCUAAGCUAUAACGCCCAAGCAUAUGCCGCUGGUCUGGUUCUUGAUACCUCCCCUGCCUGGCUGCUAUCCCAGCAGCAGGCUGCGAACAGCGCUGCAGCCGCAGCUGCUUUGGCCCGUGCGAGUGUCUCCCCUGUUCAUGUGUUUGACGCAACGAUGCUUCCAGGAGUGCAGCGGUGCCAUCGGCAGCGGCUGCAGGAGGUGUUGAGCACAGUGGGUGGCGUUUCAGCCCUCUUGCCCCUCUUCACGCAGUUAGAUUUACCAGUUGUGGGGAGUGACAGCAGCAUGGGGGAGGGGACGGUGGUCGAAGGGGAUGGACAGUUGGCAGUGGAUAUUAUCAACCUGCUUACAGAGCUGUUGGCUGGGAGCACGGGGAGUCAGCAGGCGAUGCUGUCUAUUGGGGGGUUUUCAGUGAUCAACUUCUUGUUGCAGCAUGUCUCACCCACACACCUGACAGCUAGUCUCGUGCUCACGCUGGAGAACAUGGUGGACUCAUUUGCCGAAGAAACUGAACAAAGCCUUCGGGAGCGCAUGGUUCGUGGUGUCAUCCUCACUCUCUACAUGGACGCCUCUCUCUGGAUUUACGCGCCCUACGUCGUGCAGAGGGAACUCUUUGAAUCCCUCAAGCGCCACAUGGAGCGGCAACCCUGGCUCGUGCCAUCCGUCUGCUCCUUGCCUCGCCUACUAGAUAUAGUUCGGCGGGUUUACUGGGACAAGCCGCAGGGCCGACACGCCAUCGGGGUGAAGCCCUUAGUAGAGCCUGUCACUCGGCGGGUGCUCGGCACACGCCCGCUUCCUCAGCAAGUGGCCAAGCUGCGGCUGCUGGUUCUGAGUCUGCUGCAGCACGUUCUGAAAGGCGGGUUCACAGAGGCAGAUGUGAAGGCGCUGGUCGUGUACAUGGAGGCGAGCAAGGACGCUGGAGCAGUGAAGGAUGUGCUACGAGCGAUCUUUGGGCUGAUUGCACAGCCCAACCUUGCCAAGUCGUUUCUGGAGCACAUUUCAGCUCUAGAUGGGCCUCAGAUCUUUGUUGGACUGCUCUCUAGGCCGCAGGAAGAGAUCCGCCUCCUCGCCCUGUGCCUCAUACUCACCCUGAUGAGCGAAACCAAGAAGCAGGUCCCAGCAACCAAAGCUGGCACCAGGGGCGCAUCUGGCAGAGGAGGCUCAGGCCGAGCUCGAGGCUCGGCACGGGCAGGAGGGUUAGGGAGGAAUUGGCUUGGGAUGCAGGAGGAGGAGGAGGAGGGGGAUGAGGACGAGCUUGGGGAUGUGGAGCAGGAGGAGAAGAUGCUUCUCGACCUUACGUGCCAACAUCUGAUGCCUUAUGGUCUGUCUCCUGGGCUUGAGACUCUGCUCUUUGAUCUUCUGCUUGGUGCAUCACCCGCCGAUCAGCGGUCGGUUCGCACGCACACGCAUGAUGCCAUUGUUCACAAGAAGAUUCCGCCCAGAAGCUCUCAUGCCAUUCCUCCUCGCAUACCUAUGCCAUCAGCCGGACAUUCGGCACCAACAAAUGCAGCAGCACCAGCAGCAGGAGCAGCAGGAGGAGCAGCAGGAGGAGCAGCACCAUCAGCAGGAGCAGCAGGAGGAGCAGCAGGAGGAGCAGCAGAGGGAGCAACACCAGCCUUUGGCAUGCCCCGCAGUGCCUCUGCCCCGCAACCCCCUGAGCCUGAGCCACACGGAGCAGCUAGUAACAGAGUUGCACAAGGAAGCGCUCAUGGAGAAGAUGGGGGCCAAUCGGCAGUCAGAGCAAUAGUGUCAGAAACAGUGCCUGCAGCUCCAGCCGUAUCGACCUCCUUUAGUAGCUUCACGUCUGGAGGCAAGCCCUCCCCCUGGGGCAUCCUUCCUCGCAGGGGUGGAGGAGAAGCAGGCAGCUCACGCAAGUCAAUAGUGAAACCUGAGAUGCUUAGGCUGCUGCUGCCUCUUAUUGUUGGACAGCUGAGGCUGGCGGCCAGCACGUCCGGAGCAGGUAGCAGAGGGGAUGUAAGCAGAAGUGGCUCCGGCCGCAGGCCGGGAAGUAGCAGCAGUGCUGCUGGGGAGGGUGGCCUGUCAGCGCGGGGAGUGAAGGUGGUGGAGGAUACGCUGAAAAGGCUGGGUGAUCUAAUUUCCAACAGCAAAGCCAAUAGACUCAAGCUUCUUGAGCAACGGGGCUGGCAGCAGUGGUUGCUGGAUAUUGUGGUCACAGGUUUGGACCUUACAGCUUCAAAUGCUGAGCAUGCAGCCAAAGGCAGAGACACAGUUCCAGGAGCAGCAGGGGGAGGGAAUGACGCAGGGAAGGGUGGGGAAGGGCGGCCACCACCGCCCCUUCAGCCUGGGGGAGGGUUGGAACUGGUGUGGGUGCAUGUGCGGCGCAUUUUCCUAGCGGCACACUCGUUUGCAGUGCAGAAGGUGCAGGGCGGGUGGAGGCAUGUGGCGGAAACUGUCAACGUGUUGCGCAUCUAUGGUGAACGGGGCAAGCUGCCGUAUGCGGGUAUGCUUCGUGUGCUGCUGGGCGAGUUGCUGGGCGUGGUGCCUCUGCUGUGCUCCACGAGGGACCAUCUGCUGGAGCAGCCCGUGCACGCCAAUCUGCUCUACCUCUUCGUCCUCGUGCAAGAGCUCGUUAUCCGCGACUCUUGCUACAUCUUCCCUCCUCGUCAUCUGCCAGAAGAAAACUCGGGGAAGGCUGUUGAUGCUCUUGAGAGGGGAAGUGAUGGCAAUAGUGGUGCUGGCGACGGCAGUGCUAAUGGUGGUAUUGAGGGUGAGCAACGGCGGAAUGGGGAAGGGAGUCGAGAAGAGGAUGUGGAAGCUACAGGAACAGGCGAAGGCAGGCAGGGGACAUGGAACAGCGUGGAUCGGAGUGCGAUAUCUUCUAUCUUCCAGAACAUGCUUCCUGAUGACAAUGUGGGCUCAGCUGCCGCCAGUGCAGAGCUCACAUGCAGUAUCUUGGGCUCCAAGGUGGUUGAAAGCAAGUGGCGGGUGUACGAGCACUUCUGGACGGUCAUUACCAUCAUGCACAACAAGGCCGAGGCAGCAGAGGCCCUUGCUGCAGGCAUGCUGCAAUCUGACGAUGAUGACCCUGAAACACCGCACCUGCCGGUCCACCCUGCGUUCCUCCCGCCUCCUCAGCCGCCCUCACCUCCCCACCGCUCCUUCCUCCAGCCCAAACCCGAUUCUGCAGCUGCUUCUGCUGCCGCGCCGCAUGGGCAGCAGGGGAGUGCGAGACAUGGAAAUGACAAGGGGAGUGAGAGACAAGGGCUGUUGCGUAGCCUAACAGUCAAAGCAGAGGCAGUAGAGAGUGGGAGGUCAGGCGAGGCGGCAUUGCAGGAGGUGGAGGAGCAGAUGCUGGACUUGGCUCGUCAGGGGUGUCCUGCAUUUGUGCUGCGCCUGGUGCUGAUCUACAUGUUCGAAGCUGAGCUGCCAGCUCUCCAUCGCUGCCUCAACCACUUCGUGGUGCUCCUGCCUGUCGUCUUCCCCAAUGAUGAUGACAACCGCCUGCACAACCAGGCCCACCUCUUCCUCUGGUCACUUCUUGAAGCCCGAGCACUAGUGGGCGACAUGAAUGACGGGGCACGUGGCCACAUCAUAGCCCAGUGCACUCGAGACGUCUUCCUGGCGAUCAUGCCCAUCCUAGCGCGCUGCAUCGAUGAACGGGGCGGCCCUCCCGCUUACACCCCUGUGGACUUUUCUCAAAUGACAGGAGGCAUGCUGGAUGAUGAGGGGGGGGAGGAGGAAGAGGAGGAAGAGGAGGAGGAAUAUGAUGAGGAUUCGAAUGAGGAAGUUUUUGCUUAUGGAAUGGCGAGUAACAGCAGUGGCACAGGGCAUGGGGCAGCUGAGUCAUCUGGGCUGUCUGAGGCAGGGUCGCAGGUUGCGGCAGGAGAGGGGGAGCAGCAGAGGCAUCCUCUUUAUGAAGUGAUCCAUGCCGACAGAGUGCGCAGCGCAGCGCGCACUGAGUGCGACCACGUCAUGUUCAUCGUGACCUCUCUUAAUGACAGCCUGAUGGACAUCCAGCCAAACAUAGAAGCAUGGGAGGAGGCCCAACAGGAGCGACGGCAGGAGGUGGAGCAGCAGCGGCGGAGCGUGCUCGGCGGGAUGAUGGAGCAGGAAGCAAAACGACGAGCUGUUGCGACCCUAUCGUAUGCUGAGCAGCUGCAGAACGCCAAGGCAGUGUGGAACACCCUGUACCGGCAGAUGACCAGCGAAAGGGGCCCUUGGUACUCUGGCCCAUCGCCUGAUGACCCUCCACCCCGCUGGAAGCUGGAUAAGUCAGAGGACCCGCAGAGGCGUCGAUUCCGCAUGCGUCCGAACUACCGGUUUGAUGAAAACUUUAGCAUUAGUAAAGGAGAGGAGCGGAACUUGGGUAUGGGAGGGAAAGAGAAGGGCGGUGGGGGUGAGGAAGGGAAGGCGGCAGAUGGGACGUCAGAGGGGACUCGGUUGGAGAAGUCUGGUGCGUCGGGACCGGAUGCCAGGAGUUUCCGCAGGUAUACGAGUGACGCCAGUGCGUCAGUGGGCGGAGAUGCUUUGACAUCUGUUGGUGGGAGCAGCUUUGGCAUGGGGGAUGGAAUUGUGCGAGCAGGUUCAGUGGGAGAUCUGCAGCAGCACGGGAGGGUAGUGUCGAGUGUGAACGUGGACCGGGACUUGAUGGAGGAGAUGGCGCUGCUGCAGCAGAGCAACGAGCAGAGCCAGCCAGGGCAGGGAGGGAAGAAGGGCGUGCAGGAAGGGGAGGUGGAAGGGACAGGUGUGGCAAGUGCUCGUGGUUUUCCGGCAGAAGGCACGGCAGGGGUAUUGGAAGAAAUCCCCUGCAUCCUCCUGACCACCAAGCGCAAGCUGGCGGGCCGUCUGCACAUCUCCCACACAGAGCUGCACUUCUACGUGGACUUUGCCAUGGACAGCACCGAAGAUUUCCUUCGCUUCCACCCGGAUGGCACCCUCCACAACCCCCACUCCGUGUCCUCCUCUGGCUCCGUUUCUGGCGGAGAGAAAAUCCCCCCUAAGGAGCGAUGGAAGCGUGUGAUACAGAAACUGCUGUUUGUAGCUAGGUUCCAGCCGAACGAGAAGACUCUGGAGAAAGUGACUGUCAGGAUGCGCAAGCACACGGAUAUUCUGGACGACGUGAAGAUGCGCCGAAUCUGGUCGCUCUCUGAGCUCGCUCGCAUCCGCAUGACACGCUACCUCCUCCGCCCAUCCGCCUUUGAGCUCGAGUUCUCCUCGUCGCAGGCCCCUGCCUUCUUCUCCUUCUCCUCGCCUCAGCUAGCUGACAAAGUCGCCCACCGUAUUCUGGCUAUCGCCAACCGUGGGACGACGGCUCGCAGCAGCAAGCUGGUUGAUUUGGUGGACAGAAAAAGAGGGCAGGAACUGGCAGAGAAGGCGAGGUCUCAAUGGAGCAAGCGGAAAAUCUCCACCUUUGAUUACCUCAUGAUCCUUAACACCCUGGCUGGGCGCACGUACAACGAUUUGAUGCAGUACCCUGUUUUCCCGUGGGUGAUUGCGGAUUAUGCUUCAAACAAGCUGGACUUGUCAAAUGCAGAGACGUUCCGAGAUUUGAGCAAGCCGGUUGGGGCACUGAACGCCAAGAGGCUAGAGCUGUUCAAGGAGCGAUAUGACAGCAUGGAUACGGACAUUCCUGGCUUCCUGUACGGAUCGCAUUACUCCUCUGCUGGCGUGGUCCUCUACUUCCUCAUCCGCAUGGAGCCGUUCGCCACGCUCCACCGACUGCUGCAGGGGGGCCGCUUUGACCAGGCGGAUCGACUGUUUGACAGCAUGGCGUCGGCAUGGGACAACUGCCAGAGCAACACGAGCGACGUGAAGGAGCUGCUGCCAGAGUUCUUCUACCAGCCGGAGUUCCUGCGCAACAGCAACUGCUUCGACCUGGGCCACAGGCAGGACGGACAGGCGCUCGAUGGCGUCAUCCUGCCUCCCUGGGCCAAGGGCUCCCCAGAGGAGUUUGUGCGUCUGCAGCGAGAGGCCCUGGAGAGUGAACACGUGAGCGAGAGGCUGCACCACUGGAUCGACCUUGUUUUUGGCUACAAGCAACGAGGGGAGGCGGCUGUUCAGGCGGACAACGUGUUCUACUACCUCACAUACGAGGGCGCAGUGGACAUUGAUGCAAUCACAGACCAGACCAGGCGCACAGCCAUCGAGCAGCAAAUCGCCGCCUUCGGCCAGACCCCCAUCCAGCUCUUCACCCGCCCCCACCCCGAACGCGGCCCGCACCUCCAAAUCAACCGCCCACUUCGCUUCUUUUCGUCCUCAAUCUGCCUGUCCGCAAUCAUACCAGCUCCCCCCACCCCGGCUGUUUCCUCCACUGUGGUUCCCGCUUAUGCUGCGGGCGUGGGAAGUCCUGGGGGGAGGACGAGGGGGGGUAAGGGGAGGUCGGAGGAUGAUAUGGCUGUGGUUUUUAUUGGGGUGGUGGAUCGCACGGUAGUGAGUGUGACGAGGGGGCAGGUGCUGACAGUGCGCUCUUGGAAUGCUCCAAAGAAGCGCGUGAAAGUGGGCAUGGACUAUAGCAUCAGCAUGGGUGACCCAAGCCGAGUGUGCAGGAUUGGAGCACCUCUCUCUGCUCCCGGAGCUAGCAGCUAUGGCGACUGCUUCGGGAUCGUACCAGGAGCCACCUCAGCAUUCCUCUUCUCCGGGGGCCACUGGGACAAUGCCAUUCGCAGCACGUCUGUAGAUGAUGCUGCCACUGUUCAGGCGCUGCAGCAGCACAGCGAUCUUGUCACCUGCCUUUCAGUGUCCAACGACGGCAACUGGUUAGCCACAGGCAGCCGAGACACAACUGUCAUGAUCUGGCGCAUCGACCACCUGGGAGCACACGCACACGCUCAAGGCGACCCCUUCAUUUCCUCCAAGCCCCGCGCAGUGCUCUGCUCCCACGACGAUGCCGUCACAGCUGUCAUCGCCUCCUCUGAGCUAGAUUUGAUUCUUUCUGCCUCCCUGGACGGAUCUCUUGUCUUUUCCACUCUCCGGGCCGCCCGGUUCCUGCGGUCGCUGCAACACCCCAACGACUGUGCAAACGAGGCGCUGAGAAUCGCACUAUCCGCGCCUCUCGCUCGCGUCGCAGUCUACUCCGACGCCGCCCGCAUGCUCCACGUGUGCUCCAUCAACGGGGAGUGGCUGGAACAUGCGCUAGUGGACGAACCGAUCACGCAUCUCGCGUUGUCUCAAUGUGGACAGUUCCUUGUCACAGCAUGCAGCGCAGGGGGGGACACUGGAGGAGCGGGCAGCGGAAGGGGGGGGAGUACCAGUGGCCGGGGAGGGGGAGGGUCAGAAGCUGGGAUGGUAGUGGUGAGAUCCAUGCAUACGCUUGAGCCAUUGCUGACGUUUGAUGGGGUGGGGUCGCCAGCAGCAUCGAUCACAACGACUGAGGAGGAUGCCAUCCUUGUGGGGCUGGAGGAUGGUAGAAUGCUGCUAUAUGCACUCAAGCUCUCCUCACAUUAG